UCGUUGGUUCUGUAACCGGAAUCGAAGUGGACAUUGUCUUUCUCAGUAAGCUACUCCGACUAAAAAAUACCGAGUUGGCGAACGAUAAGGUCUGUUGUCUUUAAAUAUUUAAGCACAGAAAAUUGGCACAAAAGCAAACCAGGACUUGGAGCUAACCUCCCCGGGAAGCUAAACAGGGAAAACGGGUAGAUGGUAUGACAUGACUGACAUGAGAAGAGAUUGGUCAGAACAGCAGUGACUGCUUGCCGCGGUUUUAUUUCUGUCGACGAAUAAUUAAAUAUCAUCCAGCCGGCGAGUGGUGAACUUUUAUUAUACUAAUGGGAGACAAUGAAAAUGAUGUAAAGGUGCAACAUGUGGAAAAACGCAAAUGACAAUACCAGUUACCAUUUAGUGAUUCUUUUAAACACUUCUCUUUGGAAGUAUGGAUUUUUUAGAGAUAGCAGAAAAUGUUUCCCACAAGAUCUGGUCAUAUAAUCAAGACUCUUCAGGAUGGAAUUUAGCAAAAAGUUCAAGGAAUGUUACAGUGUGCUGGAAACCUUCAACCGAGUUUGGUGGAAACUUAUACCGUGGAGAGGGUAUAAUAGAGGACAUACCUGAGAAAAUCAUUCCAUUCAUGUACCUACCAGAGUAUAGGAUGAAAUGGGACAAAGCUCUGAAGUCCUACAGUAUAUUAGAGAGACUUGAUGAGGAGACAGUUAUAUGCCACACGGUAACCCACAGUUAUGGCAUGGGAUUAAUUUCUUCAAGAGACUUUGUCGACCUCGUCAGAAUCAAGAAGUAUGAGGGUGGCAUUAUAACAACAAACUCUAGAAGUAUCGACUACCAGGCAUGCCUCCCAUCUCCAUCAUGUGUGCGUGGUUACAACAAUCCCUGUGGAUAUGUGUGCUCACCUUUACCACAGUCCCCUGGGCACUCCCGGCUUACUGUCUUCAUUCAGCCUGACCUUGGAGGGAUGCUGCCAAGAUCUUUAGUGGAGUCUGCACUGCCAAACAACAUCAUCAAUUUAAUCAAUGAUGUUCAAGCAGGAUUAAAGUCAGCAGGCUACUGAAAAAAGUUGGAAAUGGAGGACAUUCACUUUUUUUUUUAUUUUAUUCUGCAAUGAACUUUCAGAUUUUUUCCAGAUUCCAGGGAUAGACAGGAUCCACCAGUAAAACUAACACUUAGGUGUUUGCCCGUCAUAAAGAACCAUGAACCCCCAGUGUUUUACUUUCUUCAGAAACACUGUCAAUUUGGACUUUUGUUUUCUUUUUCCCCUAUUAUCCCCUGGACAUAUCUCUAUUCUUAACACUUUUAUGUUUCCAUGGUUUUAUGUUUAUGCAUGUAUGCAAAUGUGGUCAGGUUACUCUCUUGUAAUUAUGUUCAGGUUAUACAGUGCCUUCAGAAAGUAUUCAAACCCCUUCACUUUUUCACAUUUGGAUAUUUUGCUGCUUUGUGCUAAAAUUGUUGAAAUUAUUUUUUCUCACAUCAAGCAACACACAAUACCCUAGAAUGAAUGACAAAGGAAAAAGAAAGUUUUUCAAAUUUUAUAAAAACAAAGAAAACUGAAAUAUCACAUUGACGAAAGUGUUCCACCCUUCUGCUAUGUCACUUGUAAUCUGAUCAGGUGCAUCCCAUUCAUUGAGAUGUUUGUACAGGUUGUUUGGAGUCCACCUGUGGUCAAUUCAGUUGACAGGGCAUGAUUAGGAAUGACACACACACGUGUCUAUAGAAGGAUCUGGGGAAGAUUACAAAAAAACACUUCUGCAGCACUGAAGGUUCCCAAGAGCACAGUGCCCUACAUAAUUCUUAGAGGAUGUUUGGAACAACCACAAAUCUUUCUAGAGCUGGCUUCCCAGCCAAAUUGAGCAAUCAUUGGAGAAGAGCCAUGGUAAGAAAGGUGACCAAGAACCUGAUGGUCACGCUGGCUGAGCUGCAGAGACCCUGUGUGGAGAUGGGAGAAACUUCCAGAAGGCCAACUAUCACUGAAACAAUCCACUAAUUCGGGCUUUAUGACAGAGUGGAUAGAGAGAAGCAUGCUUGGAGUUUUCAAAAGGGUACCUAAAGGAAUCUCAGAAUUUGAGGGACAAGAUUUUCUAAUCUGAAGAAACCAAGACAAACAUCACGUCUGGAGGAAUCCAGGCACUGCCAUUCAGCUGCACAAUACCAUUCUAAAGAGUGAAGCAUGGCGGUGGUAGCAUGAAGCUGUGAGGAAGUUUUUUCAACAGCAGGGACAACACUAGACAGGUUUAAGAGAAAGCUGAAUGGAGCAAAGUAUAGAAAUAUACUUAAUAAAAACCUGCCCCAAAGGGCUGUGGACCUGAGACUGGGAAUUGCCCAGCCAGAGCCCUCAAUUGAACACAACUGAACAUCUCUGGAGAGACCUGAAAACAGCUGUCCACCAAAAGUCACCAUCCUCCCUGACAAAGCUUGAAAGGAUCAGCAAAAAAGAAUGGCAGAAAAUACCCAAAUCCAGGUGGGUGAAUUUUGUCACAUCAGACCCAAAAAGAAUCCAGGGUGGAAUCACUGCCAAAGGUGCUUCAACUAAGUAUUGAGUAAAGGGUCUGAGUACGCGUCUCAAUGGGAUAUUUCAC